AUGCUGAAGACUCACCGUCACGAAAAUGCGGAGAGCAAUGGCGGUUGUGAUGCAAGUGCCCAUGUUCAGUUCAUCGACGACGCCGCUCUCGAGUGCGAGACCCAUGUGCCGGGUAACCGUCUAGAGGAACCUCUGGAGAUACCAGUCGCCCACUCUUCGCCAUCGGCAGAGCCACUCGGGCAGACGCUGCAGGAUUGGGACGAUAAUGUGCCCAGGAUGAAUCAUGUCCGACGGGAUCGGAUCUGCCUCGUCUGCGGACCACUCGUGCAACUGUUCGUUUUUCUCUUCCUCGCCAUCCUCCACCUCCUGCCUCCUAUCAGCUCCUCGCAGGACCCCACCGCGGUGGUGGAGCAUUACUCCCGUUAUCAGAAUGCCCUGGAAGCAGACAUCGACUUGUUUCAUCUGAGCUCGGUCUUCUGGCCGUUCUACGCCGUGGGGAUCAACAACAGCUAG